UUUUGUGAAUGAAAACGUAAUACCAGAGUUCCGUAUGUCUCUCUUAAAACUUUCUAAUACAACGUGGAAAUGAGUGUUAAUGUUUAAAAAGCAGAUUAUAAUAAGUAUUUUUUGUUAUUCGUAGUAUUGUUUGGUAUCCGCGCAACGAUGUUAGUGCACCUUAUAAAUGAGCGCAGCUUUUGCUGCGAAUUCAGUUUGAUCCAACCAACGAUGUCGGAUGUUGCUAACGAUAUUACAGUUGAAGAAACCAGUUUGUUCGAUAUGGACGCCUGCUAUGAGACCUUUGACAAAGAUGGAGAUGGCCAGUUGAACCUGGACGAGUUCCGACUGAUCUGCAAGGCCCUUUUCCGUAACGACAAGGGCCACAUCUACCCGCUGUCUGAGGAGAAGGCUCAUCACAUCUUCCAAGUGUUUGACAAGAAUGAUGAUGGUUUCAUCGACAAAGAGGAAUUCUCCUUCUGUUGGAAUCAUUGGAUUAAAGUGAUAGUGCGUCCAGUAAGCGCCUUCCUAAUAGUGGAUGUGCAAAACGACUUUAUCUCCGGCACGCUGAACAUCAGCAAAUGCAACGCGCAACAAGAUGGCAGUGAGGUGGUGGAUCCCAUCAACAGGCUGCUGGAAACCGUGCCGUUCGACUGCGUGUUCUACUCGCUAGACUGGCACCCACCGGACCAUGUCAGCUUUAUUGACAAUGUACAUAUGCGAGAACUGCACCCUUCGAGCCCCGUUUCAGCAGACAAAGCGCAGGCCUAUGACACCGUAGUCUUCGCGGGCCCUCCGCCGAUGAAGCAGAGGCUCUGGCCUCGACAUUGUGUCCAAGACACAUGGGGUGCUGAACUGCACAAGGAUCUCAAGGUGGUAGAAAAGUCAGUGAAGGUCUACAAGGGAACCAACCCUGAGGUCGACUCUUACUCCGUGUUCUGGGACAACAAGAAACUGACAGACACUAGUCUCAGCACGCAGCUUCGCUCGCGAGGAGCCACGGACAUAUACAUUUGUGGACUUGCCUACGACGUUUGCGUGGGAGCAACAAUAGCCGACGCGCUCGCUAUCGGUUACCGCUCGAUAUUAGUAGACGACGCCAGCCGGGGAGUCGACCUCACGGACAUCGAGCGUACCAAGCGAUCCAUACUUGACAAUCACGGAGUUAUCGUGGACUCGCAUCAGGUAUUAGCAAUGGUGGAAGGCCGAGACAGGCGGCCGGAACUGGGAUACAAACUUGCUAUGGAACUGAAAAAUGCUAUGGAAGAUGAAUAAAACACUCAAACUUAGUCAUUCAAACCUACUUAAUAUAUCAUAUCAUAACAGCACCAGUGAUUAAAACAUUUACUUAGUCCUUGUUUCUAUAUUCAAGAACGAUUCGUUUUGCCCAUACAACCGACGUUAAACGGCGAAAACGAACGGUUUUUCUGCAUAUAGGAAGGCUUAAAGUCGUUUGUCAGUCACUAGUAAUUUUUAGUACUGAAAACUGUCGUUAUUAAAACUGUGUGAUAGCGUAGGUGACAUUUACUUAAUGACAAAGACGUAGACUAGCAAUCGCAAAGCGAUAGCGAUACUUAUUUUUAAAGAUUAAUUCAUAUUUAUAGAGUGAUAAUUAAUUAGUUAUUAACGUAUAGAAUGUAAUGAAAAGGUUUAAGUAAAAUUGUUUCACAUUUUGGAUGUACCAGUAUCAACUUUUUUAUGUUAAUUAAUUUAUUUUUAGUAUAUUUACAAUUAGGUGCAGUGCCUUAUAAGCAUAAAGCUAGUUUUAGUGUGUACUUAGAACACGUGUAAUAUGAAUUAUGCAUAUCUUAAAGAUUUCAGUUGUCAUUUUUUUAUAACGACAGUUUUUAGUAAACAAUCCAGUAAUUAUUCCUUAUUUAUAAAACCAAGAUAUUCCAAAGAUGUAAUCAUUCUUUUUUCCAAAACAUAAACUUUGGAUGUCUUAAUUAUAAUAAGCAAACCCUGGCAAAAUAGGCAUGUAUGGUAAAAUAAAAAAAGUAAAACCUAAGUUUGAAACAUUGUACCUGUUAGCAAACUAAUGCACAAAAUAUUAUUUAUAUAAACGCAACAUUGGGUGGGUAGUCAGACAAAAAGUAAUUUAAAAAUAAAAUUAAUUUGUAAUCAAACGUUUUUGAGUAGUGUGAAGCAAAUUUUAUGUUCAACUAGUAAUACUAAACAUUUAAUUUUUAAUUUAUACACGUUUUAAAAAAUUGAAAAAUUUGAUUGUCUUUGCGAAAGAUAGCCUCAAGAUCUGUUUGACUCAGUUUAUGAAUUAUUUUUGCGUUAGAACCGUAUAUUUGGAGGUAGUUUACAAAACUAGUCCAGACCACCUGUUCACUAUUCCUGUUCUAAAGUUGACCCAGUAAAAUUUGAAUUAAUAUCGAUAAAAACAGAUA